AUGAAAUCGCUUCUUCUCCUCGUCGCCAUCGGUUUCGUUGCUUGCCUGGUCCUUCCAGAGCAGAGAAGUUCGCUCGGAUGUCAGAUGUGCGAGCUGGCGGUCAAGACGUAUGUAGGAUCUGCCGAUAAGGACGUCACGUCUAUCAAGAAGGUAUUAUUGUCCCGCUGGUCUUGAUGGUACCGCCACGUUUAAGGAUUUUGACACCGAAUGCAAGAAGCUAUUCCACUCCAUUCCGUUUGCUCCACAGGAAUGUGAGCACUACGUUAACGAGAAGUUGGACCCCAUCAUCAAGGAGCUCGAGAGCGGAACUGCCCCGAAAGACGUGUGCAGCAAACUGGGCGAAUGUAAAUAA